CCAAAACAAAAAUGGCGGAACAAUUAUUUCCCUCCCCCUGUAAAGCUCGAACCAUCACUCAGCGAAUUUGAGAAUCAUCACGUGAUGCGCAAAAAACCACCUCUUGUUUGAGUGCAGAAGAAUCCGCAGAUUCGACAAUCGCAUACGUCUCUCUGGAUUAAGGAGAAGGGCCGCGAAAUGAAAUUUAGGAAUCGAAAAAGUCGUGAAAGAAAAAGCCGUGAAUGCGUGACGUUAAAAAUCGCUUCCGGCGCUCUAUCCGCGCAGCACCGGAAUUCGCCGUUUCGAACACGAAGUGUAACUAUUCUGUUGAGGAAAAGAUGGCGUCGGUCUGGGAUGAAGCGGAGGAUGGCAUUGGUGAAGAGGUGCUGAAGAUGUCCACGGAGGAGAUCGUGCAGCGAACCCGCCUGCUGGACAGUGAGAUCAAGAUCAUGAAGAGUGAGGUGUUGAGGGUAACCCAUGAGCUACAGGCCAUGAAAGAUAAGAUCAAAGAGAACAGUGAGAAGAUCAAAGUGAACAAAACCCUGCCUUACCUUGUUUCCAAUGUCAUAGAGCUGCUAGAUGUUGAUCCAAAUGACCAAGAAGAAGAUGGAGCAAAUAUUGACCUAGAUUCACAAAGGAAGGGCAAGUGUGCUGUGAUCAAAACCUCCACUCGUCAGACUUAUUUUCUUCCUGUGAUUGGGUUAGUUGAUGCUGAAAAACUGAAGCCUGGAGACCUAGUGGGAGUGAAUAAGGAUUCUUACCUGAUUCUGGAGACCUUGCCCACAGAGUAUGACUCACGGGUAAAAGCUAUGGAGGUGGAUGAGAGACCUACAGAACAGUACAGUGAUAUUGGAGGACUGGAUAAACAGAUCCAAGAGCUGGUAGAAGCCAUUGUCUUGCCAAUGAAUCAUAAAGAGAAAUUUGAAAACCUGGGUAUCCAGCCUCCUAAAGGGGUACUCAUGUAUGGACCCCCAGGAACAGGGAAGACACUGUUAGCCAGAGCAUGUGCUGCACAGACAAAGGCUACAUUCCUGAAGCUGGCUGGUCCACAGCUGGUGCAGAUGUUCAUUGGAGAUGGAGCCAAGUUGGUGCGAGAUGCCUUUGCGUUGGCCAAGGAAAAAGCACCUUCAAUCAUUUUUAUUGAUGAACUUGAUGCCAUUGGCACAAAGAGGUUUGACAGUGAAAAAGCUGGUGAUAGAGAAGUACAAAGGACCAUGUUGGAAUUGUUGAACCAGCUUGAUGGAUUCCAGCCUAAUACACAAGUAAAGGUGAUUGCUGCAACCAACCGUGUGGAUAUUCUAGACCCAGCCCUACUCCGUUCAGGACGGCUGGACCGCAAAAUUGAGUUCCCUAUGCCCAAUGAGGAAGCCAGAGCCAGGAUUAUGCAGAUCCAUUCACGGAAAAUGAAUGUCAGCCCUGAUGUGAACUAUGAGGAGCUGGCUCGUUGCACUGAUGAUUUCAAUGGAGCACAAUGCAAGGCAGUGUGUGUAGAAGCGGGAAUGAUUGCCCUGCGACAUGGAGCAACGGAACUCACCCACGAAGAUUAUAUGGAAGGGAUCUUGGAGGUACAGGCCAAGAAGAAAGCCAAUCUACAAUAUUAUGCCUGAUUCUUACACCAAACAGGACCAUACUGGUUGAAACUGAACUGUGUUACUUUCUUUUACCUAAUGGGGCAAAAAUAAAACAUUUGCUUUGAGUAAGGCA